GAGAGGCCUGAGGCCUCUAGAGGGGCCGGGGGGUCCCUGAGGGGCCGUCACCCCCCCGGGGCCACCGGGUCCCGCCGCCUGAGGCUCCGCUGCGGCUCCCGCCGAGGAGGGGGAGGCCGCCUUCUUCCCCGCAGGGCAUGAGCGGAGGCACCGGAGCUGAGGAGCGGCCUGAGGAGCGGCACCGUUUCCCCCCGCCCGGCAAGUCCCUCCCCAUCUCAGCUCUGAGCCAAAAUGGUCUCCUGCAGGCACUCGUGCGGGAAGUGGGGCAGCCUGCGGGCGCCGCAGAGAUCAGCGAGGACCUGUGUCGAGCCCAGGAGGAAUGGGAGGCUGUGGAAGAGAUACAGUCAGGGCUGGGGGGGACGUCAGCCAGUGCCGCACCCCCAAUCUCCUUCAAUGAAGCGCUGCAGUACUUCCAGACAGCCGACCUCUCUGAGUGCAGGAAGAAAGUCCGGGCAACAGCGCGCAGGCAAGGCCUGGCUGCUCUGGUUCGCUUCCUCUUCGGUCCUCCCCAGCUCCAGCCGCAGCUGCAGGGAGAGCGGGAGCUGGCUCUGGCCAUAGCACAGUGUGGUUUGGAUGAUAAUGAGAGAGUGCACAUGAGAAUCCUGCAGACCAUUUACAAGAAGCUAACCCGCUCCAGGUUGGGCUGCCCACGCUAUGGGGCACACUGGGAAGAGCUUGGCUUUCAAGGUGCAGAUCCUGGGACUGACCUGCGAGGGACGGGGAUGCUGGGCUUGAUGCAGAUGCUGUACUUCGUCAUGGACUCUCAGACACUGCCUCUGGCUCAAGAGAUUUUCAAGCUAUCCCAGCAUGAAACCCAGAAUUUCCCCUUCUGCAUCAUGUCCGUGAACAUCACCCGCAUCGUCAUCCAGGCCCUGAGGGAGGAACGUCUCUCCAGGGAAUGCAACCGCAGGCAGCAAGUCAUCGCCGUGCUGAAUGACCUGUAUGCGGCGGCCUUUCUGCAGCUCUAUCGUGUCUGGAAAUGGCAGCACAAGACCAUUGUCGACUCCAGCUUCCUCCUGAAGGAGCUGGAGUUAUCCACCAAAAAGAAACCAAAGCAGCUCCUGAAAUCCCUGGAGGCCUACGUGAACCGAAGCCCCACGGCAGACAGCCUUCAGCAACCAUUCUUUUCCUCUGCCUCUGGCGGCAGCGGCAGCCAGCCCAACGAGGAGAUCCACUUCACGGGCGUUUGUGACCUGCAGGUUGAGCUGGAAGGAGAAGCCCGACUGAUCUGAAAUGGAGGAAGAUGCGCUGCAGGGAGCUCUGCUCAUGGCUCAGCUCUUGGUGGAUGCCUGGCUGCUGUCGCUUCUGGUUAAGGGGGAGCUCAGGAAGGGCCAUGCAGGUCGAGGUGGUAGACACAGAGCGAUGGGAGGUGGCUGCUGCCCUGAGAAGUGCAGCAAAAGAAGGGUCUGGGACCAAGCUGAGGGCAGUUGGGAGCCUGGGAUGCCAUUGAGGGUAGAUUUUUGCCCUAAACCCCCAGAAAGGGUGGCCC